AUGCGGGGAGUCGCAGGCCAUGCGAUUGUAUUUGAACGAAGCUCUGCAGGCGUAUGCGCUGCGGAUAACAACGGCAGUUCCAAUAAACAACCGGGUAAUUGGAUGAUUGUCCAGUUGUCAGCGUCCUGGCGAUCGGCUGUGGAGAAUGAAAAGAACACGGCGCGCACCGUUGCCAGUGCUUUACCCCACCAAAGGUUCCUAAACCUCUACACCACCACACCCAGCUCACUUGAUUGCAGAGUUAUGGCUAAGCACGACGACCUCAGGGACGCCCUUGACGUGCCGGGCACCACUGUCAUUCUCGACGACGCGGCCGAGGCAUCUGGCAAUGACAACUUUACUCUUGUCCCCGCGCCCUCGUCGGACCCGCGAGACCCCCUCAACUGGAGCCAGAAGCGCAAAUGGCUUCAACUCGGGUGCAUGGUUGCCUAUGUCUUGGCAGCGUGUUUGGUCGCUGGUUGUUUGUAUGCCAUUUACGAGCCUGUCAGCGAAGCUACUGGACUUUCACUGGACAACAUCAACACCGGUGUCGGAUUUGCCUACCUGGGCCAGGGACUUGGAGCGUGCUUCACCCUUCCACUCAUGAUCGCCAUAGGCAAGCGCCCAGUCUACAUUGUUAGCUGCUGCUGCCUGGUCAUCUUCCCGUUUUCCCUGCCCCACAUUCCCACAAACGGUGCAUGGAUCGGCCUCUGCCUCGUCAACGGCUUUGUCGCGUCGCCGCUCUUUGUGGGACCCGAGGCAUCGCUGUCUGAUGUGUUCUUCUACCACGAGCGUGCUCUCCCCUUUGGUAUCUACGUGGCCACCACUUACGGUGGUGCCGUGUUGGCACCCGUGUUUAGUGGCUACAUUUACAACAGUCUUGGAUGGCACGGCCCUCCCUACAUGGCUGGUGGAUUCGCCGGCAUUGUGGCAAUUUUCCUGUUUGUGUUCCUCGAGGAGACCAACUUCAAGCGCGACACCGACCCCGUCAAGCCCGAGGAGACCGCCACACACAUUACGUCCACCAGCGCGUAUGACAAGGAGGGCGACAAGUCGUCCGCCAUCGUCAAGGUCGCCGACACACACGACAUUCGCGUCGGUGUCCACGCAUACGACCGCAUCGUGUCCCCAUACCCCGGCCCUCGCCCGUGGAACAUGUUCACCGUGUCAAAGUACGCUGGCGGCAUUCUGCUCCGCGGCAUCGUUUACCCGUUCUUGAUGCUUCCUCUCCCCAUCACACUCUUCACCGGCCUCAUCUUUGGCAUCUACCAGAUCUUCUUCAACUGCAUGGCCGCACUUUCGUCGGGUGUCCUCUCCGCCGAGCCUUACAACAUGGCACCCACCAGUGUCGGCCUCACCUUCCUCUCGCCCUUCCUGGCCAUUGUCCCCGGUGCCAUUCUCGGCGGUUGGGUGUGUGACCGCUGGACGGUCCGCUGCGCGCGCCGCAACGGCGGUGUCUCGGAACCAGAGCACAAGCUCUGGCUGAUGAUUGUCCCCACCAUCCUCUCGCCUCUUGGCCUCAUCAUGAUGAGCCUGGGUGUCGCGUACAAUGCUCACUGGAUGGUCUUUGUCGCGGGCGAGUUUGUCCUCACUGUCGCUGGUCCCCUGGCGACUCUGUUGUGCCUGACGUACGCGUUCGACAGCUUCCACUCGAUGCACCCUCGCGAAAAGGAAGGACCCCGUGCCGACGUCCAACAGGCGGCACCGUACCUCCUGAGUCUCAUCGUGUUCGGCAUGUGCAUGACGUUCGGCUUUAACUAUGCCAUCACCGCCUGGGCCUUUACUUGGGGCUUCAAAAACUUUGCAUGGUCCAGUGUGCUCGUCGCGACCCUCAUCAACGUCUCGUCCUUUGGAAUGAUCAAAUUUGGCAAGCGGCUCCGCCGCAGUGGAGCUAGGUACUACAACUGGGUUAUCAACUUGUAA